AUGGUUCAUCGGACUGUAUGUAUUUUGGUACUCUUCGUGAUAUGCAUGUUAGUACAACUAACUGUAUCUAAACGAUAUCGCACACCUAAUAAAGCCGUUGGAAAAAGGUUGUCCAAGGAGUACUUUAGGUUUGAUCGUCGCUAUCCGUUCGAAUUCGGUUUUGAUCAUUACUACCAGGGAGAUAUCCUGCUCCCGGCCCAAGAAAACCGAGUUGUUAUUCGCCGUGAAGCCGCACGAUGGCUCAAUGCAACCGUGCCGUACAAAAUUGCCGGCAAUUUCAGCUCAUCCGAAAUGAAGACGCUCAAGUCGGCAAUGAACCAGUUCCAUUCGAAAACGUGUGUGCGAUUCGUCGAAUGUACUGACCAACCAUAUUUCAUUACCAUUUCAAAUAAAGAUACCGGAUGCUACUCGUAUGUUGGAUUUCACGCGAACAAUCUCUACCACCAAGUAAACUUGCAAACUCCUUACUGCUUGUACAGUGUCGGUACUCCGGUACAUGAGCUGCUGCACUCUUUGGGAGGGUUUCACGAAUUCAGCCGACCGGAUCGGGAUGAUUAUGUUACUUUCAAUCGGAGCGCUUUGCGGCAGGAAUAUCAAACGGAUCAGUUUUUCGAAAAUAAUUUUGAAAAGUUACCAAGUGAUCAAGUACUGACGUUCAAUAUCUCCUACGACUAUGGUUCUGUGAUGCACUACUCACGGUAUGCUGGAGCUGCUAGUCCCAAUAGUCCGGUGAUGAUCAACAAGAAGCCGUGGGUGGGCGAUUUUGGUAGCGAAACUGGCCUGAAGCAGUCCGACAUAGCUAUGGUGAACGCGAUGUACUGCAAAAAAAUAAUGUGACAAGAUCACAAAGAAUCAUACGUAUUCCGGAUCAUUACCAGUGUAGCUAGGCAUAAAUAUUCGUUGAAAGUGUUUUGUGUAUGAAGACUCUUAACAGUAACAUGUUUGUGAAUAAAAAAAUGAAUGAAAUGCCUUCUUCUAUAUAUUAGGCUGUC